CCCCGGGUAAACAUGGCAAGCUCUUCCCACUCAAGGAGGACAAUGGCUGGGAGGAAGAGGAAGAAGAGGAGUCGCAGUUCCGCAAAUCAUGCCGGCAGCCGCCCAGCAGACAGCGCAGAGGGCGAAAGGUGCGGCUGCGCAUUUUACGCUCCCUGUACCUACGCCUCUACAAGCGGACAGUCACAUUGCCCUUCUACUGGAGGGGGAGACGGAAGUUUUUCACAUAGCGGAGGCGGAGGAGACAGCUCCCGCUCACAGGAUCCCCAACGGCUUCUCUCCACUACCAGCGGAUCCCGAACACAUCCUCAUCACCAACGUGUGCAGUAUCGGGAAUGAAGGCGGCCUGGCUCCCAACGGGCCCCACCAACAGGAUGACUUCACUCCGACCCUAGAGAAGGACGUCCCGGCCCUGACGGAAGAGCAUGUGGCGUGCGUACAAAGUAUUCUGGACCAGUUCCUCCAAACGUACGGCAGUUUGAUUCCGCUGGGGACGGACGAAGUCCUGGAGAAGCUGGAGGAUGUGUUCCAACAGCCCUUUAGUACACCCACAAGGAGGACGGUGGUCCAGCACGUCAUCCAGUCCUAUCAGAGACUCCCGGGAAACACUCUCUUACGCAGCUUUCGUGUCACAUACAAGAGACAUGUGUUAACCAUGGACGACCUGAGCACCCUGUAUGGCCAGAACUGGCUCAAUGACCAGGUGAUGAACAUGUACGGGGAUUUGGUAAUGGACGCCGUACCAGACAAGGUUCAUUUCUUCAACAGUUUUUUCUACGACAAGUUGAGGACGAAGGGAUAUGAAGGAGUGAAGAGGUGGACGAAGAACGUGAGUGUUCAUUGA